CUAAAUCAGGCUCAUUAGAAAACAUUAAAGUAUAUGUAGGCCUACCACCCAGACUCUCAGCCAAAAAAAAAAAAAAAAAAAAAAAAAAAGGCUGAAUUUCCUCAAUAACACGUUUAAAUAGGGUGACCAGACGUCCCGUUUUUCCAGGGACAGUCCCGUAUUUCAGGUCUAUUUUUAGUGUCCCGACUUAUUAAGAAAAAAUCAUGUUUUGUUCCGUAUUUUAUCUUUCCCAAAAUUUCGUUACGACUGAUAGAACGAGUAGCAGUAGUGUUGUGUCACGCGAGAACAGCCCAAUCAAAUUUGUCAUAUAACAAAAUACCAUCCAAUCACAAUUCGUUAUCGAUUAACUUGCAGUUAGUGAAGGCAGGAUAGGCGGAAUCACGCUGAAUGACGCACACCAGAAGCGCUCUCGCGCGCGCGCUCUCUCUCUUUCCUUGCGCGCGAUGCAGUGCGCGAACAGUUCUCAUUGCGCCUGAAUGGUCAAAUGCACACAUAGUUGCCAAAAUGUCCAUCGUGUGGAGUAUCUCACGUAAAUACAGUUGGUUAUGGCUUAAGUGGACGUAUAGGUGGGUGAAAACCGGAUAUGUGUCAGUAUACAUCCAUGAAUUCGGUCUUAAAGAGAGAGUAGCCUAAUUAAAUAUUUGUUUGUCAUUAAUGUUAUUCAAACAACAAAAUAUGUUAAAUAAAUGUAUACAUGGCAAAUUUGUAUCUCUAUUGUAUUUGUUGUAUUGUUUGUAAAUUUAUUUUUUAUAUAUAACAAUAAUUAUUGUGAAAUAAAAUUUCUCAUAUUACAAAUAAAAUGGUCAUAUUGCCCACCCCUUGCUCACCUGUCCCGUAUUUCACCAUGAGAAAUAUGGUCACCCUAGUUUAAAUAACUAAUUGUACAUUAUGUUAUAUAUAGUAUUUACCAGAUCAUUAGGAAAAAAAAAAAAAAAGAUAUUUACCAGAUUAUUAAAAAAGUAAAAAAAAAUAGCUAAUAAUUAGAAAUGCAUGAUAAUUUUUCUAUUCUUCUAGUAUUUGUGUGUGUGUCUAUCAUCUCUCUAGAGCACAGCAGCUGAUGUUGACCUUCUUCUUGUUGACCUUGAUUGACCCGUGCGCGCGCCUUGAUGGGAUUUAAGUGAUGACGCGUCAAAUCCACCAAUCGUCUCAUUGUCCGAGAAAAGAUCAUGACCGGACGAUAGUGUGAGAUCUUCAAACCUCCAACGCUUACAUCACAGUCAGUCCAUCUGUCCAUCUAAUCAGAAAAAUGCGCAGGAAAUAGCUGGUUUUAAAAUCGCGUCCUUGAAUGAGUGAACCGCUUUGUUUUACGACAUUAAUUAAACUUUGGAAGUACACGCUAACUGAACAUUUUCAAAUAACAUUAUGCGCCGAGUCUACUCACCGACAGAUAGUUUCCGGUAACUUGGGAUAAACUACCUGGAGGACAAGCAAGACACGUUUUGGAAGUGGAAUAGAUGACUUUAAUCUUUUUGUGAAAUUACAAGCGGUGUUCGAUAAUGAACCCUGUGAAUAUGAACAGAUUGAACGCAUCUGUCUCUGGGAAUCAGGCGUACCAGUAUGCGGUCUAUGAGUCUCCGCUGUAUACGGACUACAGACCUCCAGCCAGAGAUCUCAUCCAGCUUCCCAAAGCCCUGCUCUACCUGAUGAUGGCCGCGGUGGUGGUGGUCGCUGUCGCUUAUGCCAUUGUGGGACAUUUAAUUAAAGACCUCGCUCAUGACAUCUUAGAUUGGGCUUUGGGUCCAGACGAGGAGAUCUUGAAGGCCAGCAGUGAGGCAGGUGAUGACGGUUCCACGCACAUGCCACCAGGCCUCACACACUCCCACCCCAAUGCCUUCCACGUUUGGGAUCAGGACGAUGUGGUCAUCCCCCUCUCUCCGGAGCACAGCCCCCAGAACAGCCCUCUUCUGGCUGCCAUCCCAUUUAUUCCUCACUUCUUCCCCUCUCCUGCCUCUCACAGUGUGCUCAACAGCCCUUCACUGCCCCAAACUCAUCCAGGGGAAAACAAGAGCCCAACUAAGACCCCACAAGAGGCCUACAUCUUUCCUUCACCCAAAAUUACAGGACAUAGCUCCACUUUCUCACACAUAUCAUUCCAUGAGAGGAGAGAUGGGACUGAUAAAGUUUGA